AGCUUCGCAGAACAGCUUGUCUUUGCUUUUUUUACUCUUUCACAAGGCUUUUCAAAGAAUUUUUGCUUGAACUGACGACAUUAAAAGAAGCAGGCAGGGGGACUUAUUUUCCUUCUGCACAAUGUUACCCUGGAAAAGGAAUAAGUUUGUUUUGGUGGAGGAGGAUGCCAAAACUAAGCCCAAGAGUCUAGGAACGGGGCUGACCUACCAUUCUAUCCUCUCGUCUCUAUUGCGCUCAUGUCCUGACUUGCUCCCUGACUGCCCCUUUGAUUGGGUGGGCAGCAUCUUCCACACCAAACGUCAGAAGGUGGAACUGAACAAAGAAGAGCCUGUUUACAACGUGCGUUACCUCGGCAGUGUGGUUACCAUCACGGCAAAAGGAGAAGGCUGUACCCAGGAGGCGGUGGCCAAGAUCUGGGCAAGGAGCAACUAUGGGGAGCAGAGUGUCAAGAUGAGGUUGAUGGUGGGGUCGCAGGGCAUACGGAUGAGCGCCGACAAAUCAGGGAAAAAGAAACCCAUCCAUCUCUACUCUUUGAACAGAAUCACCUACUGCGCAGCUGACUCAUGCCGGCCCAAAAUCCUGGCUUGGAUCUACAGGCACCAGGUGAAGAACAUGGCGGUGGUCCUCCGAUGUCACGCCGUGCUGGUCAGCAAGUCAGAGAAAGCCCAAGCCAUCGCCCUCAGCCUCUACCAGAACGCCACCUCCGCUUUCAGCGAGUUCAAGCGGUUAAAACGUCAGAGUGAUUUCCGGCACCGACAGCAGCAGCUUCUGGGCGAGGAAGCGGUGCCCCUGAUGCCACUGAGGAGGCUGCUGAACGGGCAGUGCCAUUACAGACCACCUGCUGAAACCCCUGGCACCACCACCCGUCUCUGUUCCAUCACAGAGGAAGAAGAAGAGGAUGAGGAGGAGGAAAAGGAGAUUAGAAAUAGGAAUGAGAAGAAGAAAGAGACUCAGAAGGAGAAGCAGAAGGUUUUGACAACAAACACUGACCCAACUCAGUUACUAUCAGAGCUGGACCUUGGGGAUAUUGCUUGCUUAGAACAAUGCCAGAUCAACUUUGUCAGCGACAGCAACAACAACACGUUUACAUUCAUAACCUCUUUGGUGUGACUGUGAUGAAAUUUAAAGAAAGCAGCUCUCCUACUUAGUAAGACAUUCCUCCCUUUGCCCUCCUCCGGUGCCCCACUCAGGCUUCCUCUGUCCACAUCUGUGCAAUGUGAAGUGUUUGGACCAGAAACUUCUCCCUCUGUCCGUUAGAGGAGACAGCGUGAUCCUUCAGUGGAAGCGAUUCCUUUUCUUCUCAGACGGCUGAUCGUUUUUGCUAUAGCAGGUUAGGGAGCUGCUUGUUUACAUUUGAGGGCUUGGCAGGGAUGCACAGACCGACGACAGCACAAUGACGAACGAGGACAGUCGUUAAAGAAAAUUCAAGAGCACCAACAGAGCUGAGAUAGCCGGCAUGGGUCACAUGCUGACUGAAGCAGGGGAAUUUUCCUACAUGUUCUUUUUUUAAUGUGAGGAAAGUCAGAAUCGGGUUUACCAGCAUGGACUUCUAAUAGUUUUUCAAGGCGGUUGUUUGUACAUUUGUACAUUUUUUUCUAUUCUGACAAUCCUCACUGAAAUAUUUAUCCUACUUUUACUAAAGGUUAAUGGACGAUUAAGAUAUAAGGCUGUAAUAAGGAGGGAAGCCAUUGAGUUGAAAUCUAUAGUCCUGCCGUUUGUUACAACCCUUUCCAUGCAUGGACAAGCAUUCCAUCUGUUUUUCAUCCCUGAUCCUUUAGCUUUGGAAAGUCAACACUGUGAUAAAAAUGUACGACCAGGAGCAUAUCUAGAACCUUUCAAGCACCUCCUUACAGUUUAUGUCAUGGAGUUUUGAUAUAUUAUUAUAUGAUUGUCUUUCUGUGUCAUCGUUGCACCGCUUUGGAGUUUCAGAAAUGCAAUCUUUUUUUUUCCAGAAGCCCUUGCAAAAAUGGAGACAGACCCUCAAGACUAAACACAAUCUGUUUUCAUAGAUUAGCUUUCCUAACUGUGCUCCAUGUGUGCUAAAAUCUCUAGAUGCUUUGUGAUAAAUAUGAGAUGAAGCUAUUUAUUUUGAAUAAAAGUUGCUCUCACUUGGGUUUCC